AUGACAUCACAGGCUGAUUAUGAUAAAAGAUUGGCUGAAGAAGUUGGCAGUUUAUCAACACGAUUAGUGACAGCUGUUAACAAACAAGUUGAAUUGGAAGAAACAAUAUUAGAAUUGCGUAAAGAAGUUUCUGCCCUUAAAUUUAAGAAUGACGCAUUGAAACAAAGUGAUAUUAAACUAAAAACCAUUUUACCCAAAUACAUCAAAUUACAAGACGAUUAUAAAGAAACAUUAUCUAAAAAGCAAGAAGCAGAAUCCCAAAACACUAAAUUACAAGGUGAAGUUGAAGAUUUAACGGCAUCAUUAUUUGAUGAAGCCAAUACUAUGGUUAGCAAUGCAUCUAGAGAGACACAUAACUUUAAAAUAAAGAAUAGGAAAUUAUAUGAAGAAUUGGAUGAAAAAAAUAUCAUCAUUAACGAUCUACAAGAACAAUUACAGGAUUUGAAACAAAUGUUUAUUAAAAUUGAAGAACAAAGUAAGAUCCAGAGUUAUCUGCAAUCGAAUACACCCAAGAUUGAAUCUUCGACAGAUUUCAAUGAAACCAACAGUAUUCAUACCAACACCAACAUUAGUGAAAGCAAGUUAUCGAAAUAUAAUACUCGAAGUACAUUAGGUGAUGAAGAAUCCCAAGUUUACAAUUUACAACAAUUACAAAGAAUAAUAUACUCGCCAUUAAUCACAUCAAUUAGAUUUGAUUUGAAUAAUUAUAAUAUAGAUUUCAAAGGGUUUGUUUAUCAAUUAAUUAAACCAGAUUUCCAAUUUGAUUUAUCUCAUUUGAAAACUAUCCCAUUUUUCAAGAGUAUUUGGCAAAGUGAAAUUGAAAAUUGUAUUCAUUAUAUUCCUUCUUUACCUGCCACUACAACUUUAUUGAAUAGAUGGCAAAAGGGGAAAACUUUUUGGGGAUCAUUGAUUGAAGGCAAAGUUUCUAUUGAACCAAUCAAAGGAUCAAAUGAAACAUUUAAAUUGACUUACAAGGGCAACAACAAUGGUUAUAGCAAUAACAAUGACAAUACGGAAAGUAUUAGUAAUAGAAGCAGUGCCACGGGUAGUGUAGUACCUGUUGCUAUUAAAGAUCCAUGUACUUUUUGUGGCGAGGCAAGAAACGAUUCUUUGGAACAUUGUCGAUUGUAUCAUUUGAAAUUAUUUGAAAGCAAUGCUACCAAUAGCAAUAGCAAUAGCAAUGGCAACAAUAACAAUCUGAUCAAUCAAGACCAACAAGGAAAUCAUGAAAAUACUCAUGUUAUUGCUUCGUAUCCAUUAUGUAAUUAUUGUUUGAUUAAGUUAAGAAACUUGUGUGAUUUCUUUGCCAAAAUUAGAUUGAUAAGAUCCAAUAUUUUUAAAUUGAAACAAAACGAUUGUUUUGAUGAGUUUGUUGUGGUUCCUGGUAGUUUUGGACAAUUCAAACGAUCAAAUACUAUCUCCAAUAGAAAUGGGACAUAUUCUUCAUCGUCGUCAUCAUCAUCGACUUCUUCCGUAUCUUCUUCGUCUGCCACCACGGCAGCAAAUGGUGAAUCGUUAAACAGCACCACUCAUAAUAUUCAAUUAGAAAGAACAGAGGAGAGUAAAUUAAUUAAGUUAUAUAUAAUGAUCUUAUUAAUAAGAUCAAAGAUUUUUUGGAGUAAAUUGGGAUUUUGGGAUACUAUUGAUCAAAUUAAUGAGAUCAAUUUGGAUGAGAUUCAUUAUGAAGCAUUUGCUUAUUUGAUACCUAAUAAGCAAACUCAACAACAACCACAAGAUGCACGUAGCCAGUCAACUUUCAAUUCACCUAGACAACUGGUUGAUGGUAGAUCAGUGCUAAGCGGUAGUAUUAGUUCUCCAAGACAACCAAAUCAAGAUAAACAACGGAAAGACUCUAUUGUGGAUGAAACAGUAGUGCAAGUAGAAAGAGAUGGAGUGGUUAAAUCAGAAACAGCAUCGACUGAAGAGAAAUUUGAAGAUGCUAUAUCUGAUGAAACCCAUGGACAAGAACAAGAAACAGUAGCAGAACCCAAAUCUUUACAGGAACCCGAGCAAGUGCGAUCUAAAAAUACUAACAAUAAGGACAGUAAAAUAGAAGAUGCACAUACAGAACAUAAAAUUCCAUUGAAGAGAGCUCAUUCUAAACAAUUUAAGGAUAAAUUAAAUAAAGAUUUAGAUCAAACUUUAGAGAUGCUAGCUGAGAAUAUUGAUUUUGAUGAGAAAUAG